AUGUCCCUGCCGAUAGGUCCACGGGGAAAGACCUGGCCACGGCCACCACGUCUGAGCAGCCACGAUUUUGGUUCAUUGUCGCAGGCCAUGGGCCUCAGCCGCACAGACCCGACAUUCAAUAAAUUCACUAGCGGCAUGCGCUUGCUAGGCGCAAAAUUCCUCAACCCAACGCUCUUGCGUAGGGACCAGGAUCGCGGGCAGUGGACGAAGUUCUUCAACGCGGCCCUCAAUAUGUUCCCGUUUGUCGGCAUGGAGUACGAAGGGGCUUGGCCCAUUGACGGAUACAUGCAGCGAUGGCUGGAGCGGAUGCGGUGGGAGCAGAACCGAAAGAAAAGUCAUGCUGCGAAAAGUCAGCAGACUGAGAGGAGGCCUGCUGAAGGCGGACAUUGCGUCGAUAGACAGGAGCUACCUCGCAAGAGCUCGAGGAAUGCCGAGGUUCGGAGCCCCUAUCAAUACCAGUCGAGAAAAGUCCUAUCACCCGUAUCUAAUUCUAGGUCAUCCUCUGAGUCUACGCGUCGUAGUAGCACGCCAGUUGACCUAGUAUCUGCACCUGUACAAGAAACACAAUCCACUGCUAUGAAUGCUGGCAGGCAGUCUCAGAUCCUGCAAGCUACAAUUCCUUCUUCAUCGUCCUUGGCGAGUGCGCUGCCCAGCACAUCGUCGGCUCAGUCAGUACGCAUGCAGCAGUCUACCUCAAGCUCUAUAUCCACAAAGGUGCGCACGGCACCAGGCAUACAGGCCGACAAGUCCUCAACCCCGGCAAGCAAGUUGUCCAAGUUCAAGCUUCGCGAGGGGACCAUUCGGCUAUUCUUGCAGUCCCUAAGCCCCAGCUUAGAAGACCUAACGCAGAGUUUCAUUGACAGAGGCCUGGUUAACAAGAAAUGUCUCCUCGCUUUGGCGGAAAUGCCUGACUUGGAGAAGGACAGAUUCCUGCGAGAUGAUGUGUUGCUCACUGCAUUCCAGUCGCGAGUCGUUCGAGUCGGGCUUGCCAACCUGUUGAGUUAG